GAGUGAGGUUCGGGUUCGGAGUUGAGAGGAGAAAGAUAGAGAGGCAGAUUCCGCAGCACCAACCAAAGCGGAAAAGGCAUUUUUCUCCAUAGCCCUACCUUUUUCUCUUCUCCAUAUUCUCUCAAUCACUUUCCCGAGAAAGAAAACUCAUCGGAGAGGGAAAAACCCAUCCUCUUAUCUCCAAAUCGCUAACACCGCAGUUCAGCCCCCCGUAGAGUGAUCGAUUAGCGAAAUCCAAGUCGCAAUCGUAAAAAUCAUGGGAAAAAUCGGAGAAAUCGAUCAGAAUGAAGAAGAAGAAGAAGAAGAAGGAGAAGGAGAAAGUGAAAUUGAAUGGCCGCCAUGGCUAGAACCUCUUCUAAGCACGAGCUUCUUCGUUCAAUGUAAGCAUCACGCCGAUUCGCAUAAAACUGAAUGCAAUAUGUAUUGCUUGGAUUGUAUCAACGGAGCUCUCUGUUCGCUCUGUCUUAAUUCUCAUAAAGAUCACAGAGCCAUUCAGAUAAGAAGAUCGUCGUACCAUGAUGUGAUAAGGGUGUGUGAGAUACAGAAAUUUAUGGACAUAACAGGCGUCCAAACUUACAUUAUAAACAGUGCCAGGAUUGUGUUCUUGAACCAACGCCCUCAGCCACGUCCUGCUAAGGCUCUCACUAAUAUCUGCCUCGUCUGCCACCGUUCUCUUCUUGAUUCCUACCAUUUCUGCUCUCUUGGCUGCAAGCUAAUUGGGACAUCAAAGAAUUUUGGAAAAAGGGUAAUAAAAGUUGUGGAAAAUGAAAGUUCCGACACCGAGAAAUCGAAGACGGCCACCAGUAAUAGAAGAAAACUUAGAAGCAAAAUCCAAAGCUUCUCGCCGUCGACGCCACCCCCCACGGCGGCGACUCACAGAACCGCCAAGAGAAGGAAGGGAACGCCGCACCGGUCUCCGAUGGGGGGACUUCUCUUAGAAUUUUAAAUAUUUAUUAUAAUUAUUAUAUUUAAAAAAAGCAUUAAAAACUCAAAAGGACGAAAAUGCCCUCCUACAGCCACCGACACAUAAACACAGAUUAUUAUUAUUAUUACUAUUCUUGCAGCAUCUGAGCCUUUGACCAACGGUCAACGGAGGCCGUUGCUGUAAAACUAAAAGUUACUGCCCUGUUAUGUAUAGUGUAUUAUAAGAAAUGUACUUCGUUGUAAUUUAACAAUAAUAAAAUAUUAAAUUAAGAGAGAGAGAAAAAAAAAUAAAAGAAGCAGAAAAAGAAAAAAGAAUAAUAAUGUGUAGUUAUUUGUGAUUGUACAAUUGUUGAAAGCUAUUUUUAUAAAAAUAGCAUAUGAGUUUGAAUUAAAUUG